AUUACUAAUAAGAUAAUCAAAACAAUAACAUAUUUAAAACUGGCAAACAUGAGGGAAGAGCAAGGCUCUAUUUCUAUGUUUGCCGAGGAUAUCCUGAAGGACUAUGGCUCUUUUAUAGCGGAUCACGAUGAGAAGUUAAAAUCACUGAGGAACAAAGUGCCUAAUUCCGAUGUUAUGGAGCCUUCAUCGUGGAUAAAUAUAGGGACCGUGAUAGAGGUCAACUUUGUGAACAACGACUAUAUCAUAUCGGAUCACAUCUUUGAAGAAUCGGAGCUUGUGGCGAAUAAACCACUUACAACUUUGGCGAAUCUGUGCAAUCAAUGCAAAAAAUUGUCCCGGAAAGCAAAACGAAUUCAAUUGGCUUUCAUGUUCAGCGACUUUCGAUUGGAUGAUUCACCACAUGCCCAAACAUCCGAAGGUUUGGAGGGAUCCUUGGUUCGGAUGAGCAGCGCCAUGGAUUUUAUUUGCCAGGUUUAUUUUCUGCUUAAACGUAUAAUUGUGAUACUCCAAAAUCUCUGGAGACAAAUAGCCGCAUCCGUAGACGUUCCAGCGGAUAUCAGUGAAGUCCAUAUAUUCGCCGUCUUUAAUGUUAUUACUGAAUUACUGGAGCACGUAGUCAUAUUUAAUGAACUGGCGAACCAAUCAAAAAUUACCGCCAUGUGGGCGCUCUACAAAAAGUGGCUUAUAAACUUAUCCAACAAUGGUGGCCUAUCUUCUGAUCGAUUAACAAGUUUGGAGCUCAAUGGCCUCAACACUUCGCUGGUUGACAUAGAGAGUGUUAUCACAAAAGACUUUUUUAGGAUCCUUCUAGACAGUUUAAUGGAAUUGAAAAAACAGUUCAGCCUAAACGUUGUUAACCACAUAACACAGCAUUCCAAUGCCUACUUACGUAAGCUACACCUUGAAAUCGAUGCGAAUCAGAGCAAUGAAUUUAAAAACUACGAGGAGCCCAAGCACAUAAUUCACUUAACUGCCUUCGUGGCGGUGGUACAUGAGUUCGGCAUCCAGAUGGAGGGAAAACUGGUCAGAAAUAUUGCCGACUUGGUGGCCAAACACAAGCAAGUUCCCCUCAACCGAAGUGUUUUAUGGUCGCCUUCUGCAUUUCUCGCGCAACAUGCCAAAACGCUGGUUAAAUCACCAUCUCGACCACUUGACAACAACGGCUUAAAGAUCCACAGCACAGUCCUGGAAAAAUUCAAACUCAGCGAUCAGAAGACCUGUCGUCAUUUGGGUACACAGAUUUCCCUUUGGUCGAUCAAAAUGCAGCGUGUAUUCGAUGCCGGAGUCUUUGGUCACCUCAAGACCUUUUCGCAGCUGAUUCUAAGUGGUCACUCGUUUGCGGAUCAAGUUACGCUUUUGGCAGUUGCUUUAAUUAACCGCCAUGCGGCACUUGGUACGCCCCUUUCCAAACAUGAUUGGUUUUUGGUUUCUCGAUUGCUGCAGUACCUAAAGGUUCUUCAGAAGACCUUCGAAUCGAACCAAAUCAAUUUUGUACGUUUUAUUAACUCACUGAUUCAGUGGCAAAAACAAAAGGUUCUACACUUGCUACACACCACGAAAAAGAAAAUCGUUGAUCUCAAGUUACUACAGCGCAAGAUGAACUUUUUGUCAACGAUGAAGCUGGCGGAGAAGUCCAUCAUGGGGUUUCCCAGUAAGCAACGUUUGACUUUUAUGAAUUUGGCUCUUGGCGAGUUCCUUGACAAUCGUCUCUUGCCUGCCGACAAUCAAAAGUUGAUCAAAUCGAUUCUCCUGCGAGCCAAUAAUAUUAGCAACUUUAUGCGUGAUAUCAGAGGACAGCUGGAUUCUUCGGAUUCCUCGUGUCUCGUAUAUAAUUACUGGUUUCUCAACACAGCGGUUCUAAAGGAGUACACUGAGUUGCAGCGCAAUCCGUAUUCUUUACAAAAUAUUGUAUCAGUGAGCCAUCACCUGGAUAAGAUCAUCGCUAUAUUUAAGGGCUCAGAGUGUCUCAAGCGUUCGGCCAAUGACUUGAUAAUCGAGUUUUUAUCUAACCAAUUGGAGUUCUUUCUGCGCGUGGAGGCCCUUUCGCACCUAUUCCAAAACCAGGACCAACCAUUCCAGCAAAGUGCCUUAGACUACAGGCUCUGUAUCAAUGCGGCGCCCAUUGAAAACAGCGGAGAUUACAAUAUUAUAAAAGAUCACCUUGAGAAUUACUUUACUGCAACGUUCUACAAUCUAACGACAAUCGCGCCGCACGACUGGAAGUCGUACGAAAAGAUGCGUCAUCUGGCAUCCAAGGUCCUGCAUUUGCGACCCAUCGAUGAUCACCUGCCGAAUCAGAUCAUCGACCAGGGUAUAGAUGUGUUGCAAAUUAUGCGGAAUAUCCACACGUUUGCCUCCUCGUAUGCCUACAAUAUGAACCUGCAGCUAUUUGUGGAGACACAUAGUAAGGGAAAGCACCUGGAUAUCAUUGGCACUCGGCACGUGGCCAAUUCGGUGCAGACUCAUGGCACGGGAAUCAUCAACACCACGGUCAACUUUAUCUACCAGUUUCUACGCCAAAAGUUCUACACGUUCUCCACUUUUCUCCACGAUGAGCAGAUUAAGUCACGGCUUUUGAAGGAACUGCGAUUUCACUCGGAGCACAAGCUCAGCAAACUCUACCAUUCAUAUCCCUAUGAACGGGCCGAUAGCUUUUUAAAGAAGAUCAGAAAACUGGGUUGUUCCAGUAGUGGCGAGACCUACAUGGACCUCUUCCGAAAGGUUAUCACACAAGUCGGUAAUGCUGUUGGCUAUGUACGCCUUCUGCAGGCAGGAAGCAAGAACGCGAACUUUAGGAGCCGCUCAUUUAAGACCAGGUUCGACAGUAACUUCAGUUCCAACGGCUCCAAAAUGCACGAGGUCACGGAAAGCUCCAUCAAGGAGUAUGAGAAGAGCCUGGGGCACAUGAAGGAGUGCUACUCCGACAGCACAAAUUACUUUAAGCUGCUCUUGCAAGGCUUUCAGCCGUUUCUCUGCAAUCCACAUAACCAUCACCUGAGAACCUUCUACCUCAUCACACCUGCGCUGAUAAUGAACUACAUUGACUACAGGGUCAAGCAGAAGCUGAAGAUCCACAAAAAGGAUCAAACGAAGAUUUCGCUGUUCGAAGAUGGCUUUGCCAUUGGACUGGUGUAUAUCCUAAACAUGCUUAACCAGCAGACGGAGUUCCAUGAGUUGGGCUGGAGCCAAACGACCACGAGGCAUCUAAAUGAGGAGCGCGCCAAAGUGCGCGACAUCAUCAAAAGCCAGCAAUCUGCAACGGAUCAGCUGGACGAGAAGCUCUGCCAAACGGUGGCGAUCACCGAACGACAUGUGAAUGCCUACGAACAUGAAUACAAUCUACUCUAUGCCACUUUAAGUAGCUCCGAGAUAUUCUUCCAAUAAAAUUGAGCGACCAAGCCAAAUAAUGACAAUA